ACACCUGCACAGAAAAUGGAAAAGUCUACGCUCACAACGACAUGUGGAACCCGGAGCCGUGUCGGAUCUGUGUGUGCGAUACGGGGAAUGCUGUGUGUGAAAGUGUGGUUUGUGAGGACCUCGGAGACUGCAAAGACACCGUGACCCCGGAGGGCGAGUGUUGCCCCGUGUGCUUAACUGCAGAUGCAGCAUCAGCACCCAGCGCGGACCCCACAGCAGCUGCAGAUGAGAAGAAAGGCGACAGCUGCACAGUUGACGACGAGGUCUACAAGCACAACGACAUCUGGAAACCAGAGCCGUGUCGCGUGUGUGUUUGUGACAACGGCGUGGCAAUCUGCGACGAGGUUCAGUGUGAGCUGGUGCCAAACUGCGAGAAGGUCAUAACUCGUGAGGGGGAGUGCUGCCCCGUCUGUGAAACGUUCGCCAGCGCCAGCAGGCAGAUAG